GUUUAAGGUGGAGAGAGAGAGGCUGGGGGGGGAAGGAAGGCCUUGGCUGUUUAAAGUCCUAUUUCUGAAGGUCACUAUCACAUGACAAAGGCUUUGAGACAGCUUCAUCUUCCUCUGUCUGUAAUUUCCAUUUGCCUUCCUGGGUUUCAGUCUCUUGUGAUGUCAUAAUCCUACUAGUUCUCCAGGCUGCAGAGACUCUUCACCCAGCAGCAGGUCACAGUAAUGAAAGGCAGUAAUCGGAAUAAGGAUCAUUCAACAGAAGGAGAGGGAACUGGGAAACGACCAAAGAGAAAGUGUCUUCAGUGGCAUCCACUACUUGCAAAGAAAAUCCUUGACUUUUCUGAAGAGGAGGAGGAAGAAGAGGAAGAAGAAGAUAUCGAUAAGGUCCAACUUCUUGGAGCUGAAGGUCUAGAGCACGAUGCUGAUGAAACAGAAGAUGAUGAAUCCUCAGAGCAGCGAGCCCGCAGGCCAAUGAACGCAUUUCUCUUAUUUUGCAAACGUCAUCGCUCCCUUGUGCGGCAGGAACACCCCCGUCUGGACAAUCGUGGUGCUACCAAGAUAUUGGCAGAUUGGUGGGCUGUUCUAGACCCGAAAGAAAAGCAGAAAUACACUGACAUGGCCAAGGAGUACAAAGAUGCAUUUAUGAAGGCAAAUCCUGGCUACAAGUGGUGCCCUACAACAAACAAACCUGUGAAAACCCAGUCAUCCACUGUUACAAACAGAAAAAAGCUAUGGGCCUUCCCGCCAGAAUCUGCAAAAGAUUUACCAAGUCCCAAGAAAGUGGCAAAGAAUGAAGAAAUGCCUCAGCUGAACUUUGGAAUGGCAGAUCCUACGCAGAUGGGAGGCCUGAGUAUGCUGCUUUUAGCAGGGGAACAUGCCCUGACUGCACAAGAAGUUUCCUCGAGUACUUGCCAGUCUGAUGCAUCUAAUUCUACUGAAGCAUGUCAGAAGUCACCAUUGUUCCAGUUUGCAGAGCUCUCUUCAAGCCCAUCACAACCUGAUGCCACGGCGGCUGCAAAACAAACGGAGGAGUCAGCACUGUUUCAGUUUGCGGAGAUCUCAUCAAAUACUUCACAGCUGGGGAGCCCUGAGCCUGUAAAGCACUGUGGGAAGUCAGCACUCUUCCAGCUGGCAGAGAUUUCCUCAAGUACAUCCCAUUCAGGCCCUCCUGACUUAACAAAGCAGUGUGGGACGUCAGCGUUGUUUCAGUUGGCAGAGAUGUGCCUUGCAUCAGAGGCGGUAAAAGUGAAAGAACCUGGGAAGGUGGAAGUGGAAACAUCGGUGGAUGUGAAAACAGAAGCUCCAGAGGAAGUGAAGGUGAAAGAAUUGGAGAAGGUGAACGUGAAAGACUCACAGGAAGUAAAAGUGGAAGAAUCUGAGAUGGUGAAAAAUCAAAAUGACGAAAAGACAAAAACCGAAGAGUUGGAGAAAGUUACAAAAUGCAGUCACUUUACUGAUCCGGCAGCAGACAGCAGUACUUUAGAGAUAAAUAAUAGUACCAGUGCAAAGGAUCACACAUGCCAUUCUCAAGAGCUUUCACUUGCUGACUUUAAUACCCUGGGGCUGACCAAACCAGAAAAGAUAAAAAAGAAAAAGAAAAAAAAUAAGCUGGACCGGCACACAAACGAAAAAUCCACCCCCAAGAAGGCUUGUAAAAAGAGGCAGUCCUCUGAGUCGGACAUUGAAAGCGUCAUUUAUACUAUCGAAGCAGUUGCAAAGGGCGACUGGGGCGCCGAGAGACUCGUCGAAAUCCCCCGGAAGAAGGUCCGCCCUGCCUCAAACAUGAAGGGAAGUGUGUUGGACACAAAGUCACCAAAGAAAAAAGUGAAAUCAAAAGAGAAGAGAGCAUCAAAGGAGAAAUCCUCGGAGACCACCAAAGAAUCAAAGCCUCCCGACUUUCUUAGUAUUACAGCCAAUACGGAGGCGCCUUGUGAGGUACCUGACAACAUAAAAGCAGAACCAUUGACCCCAACAGAGGAUGUGGUACCACAGAGUUUACCUGGACAGGUCAAAACAGCAGACAGUGACUGUAAUAAAAAGAUUGAAACCUGUGGCUCCAGGAAAUCAGAGCGAUCUUGCAAAGGUGCUCUUUAUAAGACUCUGGUGUCAGAGGGCAUGCUCACGUCCCUGCGUGCCAAUGUGGACAGAGGCAAACGAAGCUCAGGAAAAGGCAACUCCUCAGACCAUGAAGGAUGCUGGAAUGAAGAAAACUGGGCCUUUUCCCAAAGUGGGAUGAGUGGGAGUAAAAAGCUGAAAAAAACUAAGCCAAAGGAAGAAUUUGUUCUGGGUUUAGCAAAAUUGGAAGAAGAAUUUGAAAAAAAAUUCAACAGCCUCCCUCAGUACAGUCCCAUUACGUUUGACCGGAAAAGCGUAUCUGUUCCACGGAAAAAGAAGAAGGUUGGAAGCUGUCCAGCAGAACAACCAAAAUCCAACAAAGGUUCAUUCCAGUCUCAGAAAAAGAACUUAUUCCACAAAAUUGUCAACAAAUAUAAGCACAAAAAGGAGAAGUUUAAGGUUCCAGAAAAAGCCAUACUUGCAGAAGACAAAAACCCCAGUGAGCCUGCACGGAAGAAUAAAACUUCUGUAUCUGUCCCAAAUACUCCAGAGCCAGCACUGCUGCAUGAACCCUUGGUUGGUAGCCAAAAGAGGAAAGCGAGGAAAACUAAGAUCACACAUCUUGUUCGGACAGCAGAUGGCCGAGUGUCACCAGCAGGAGGGGCUCAGGAGGAAAAACCAAAGGAGCUACCACAGAGUAGUCUCCAAAAAACAUCAAGUGCGGUGACCGAUUGCAACGACGAAUGCUCUAGAAGCACAGAAGCAGAGGAGACUCAUAGUAUUACGCCAGGCAUGCCAGCUGUGUCUGCAUUCUUUAGCCUAGCUGCUCUAGCAGAAGUAGCAGCAAUGGAAAAUGUACACAGAAGUCAGAGGGCAGCGCCUCUCCCACGUGAUGGACAGCCAAAAGAAAUGUCUCAGGCUCCGGUGCUUAUUUCCUGCGCCGACCAGUGAAGCUCCACCUUAUUGUAAAACAUUGUGCUUUACCUAAUAUCCUAGCCUUGUCUUUACCAAGGGAAGCUAGUCAGUCCAUAUGAUGGAAAAUAUAGACCUGCAAACAAGUGCUUCUUGCUGUGAGUGGCCCAGAUUUCACUUGAAGCCAGAAGUUAGCAACUUGGGCCAAGUCCUCCAAUUGGAACCCAGAAUCUAGGAAGGUGGUGUUAUUUGUCUAAUAAUGAAAAGAAAUGGAAUGAUCCUGGAGCUUGCUUUCUAUUGAAGGCUUUUAAACAGUAAAUAGGUGGUUUGUGUGAAAAAGGCUGCCUUUACAGUAGCUCACACAGCAUCUCUUCUAUCAACCAGAGGGUCUGGAAACUAGUUUCAUAUAAUACCUAGUUAUUCUAAACAAAAAUACAAAAAAAAAAAAAAAAAACACUGACGCACUGCACUAGUUAUUAGAUAUUCUUAGUCAUUUUUGUACAUGAAGAUUUAAGUUCUAAGAUGGUUUAUAUAAUAGGUUAUGCCUACAUUUAUAUUGUAGAAUGAAUUUAAAAACCUGUUCUGGAGAACUCAAGGCAGCGUGGACAGAUGUACCAUUGUUAGCGGUGUUUGCUCAACCAUGUGGUCCAGAUGUUCUGCACUUUUAUAUUUGCCACCACAGUGGUAGAGUUUACUGGCAAAAAUUCUGACAGGCUGUGUUUGAUUUUGUUGUUUGUUUGUUUUUUUAAUUUAGCAUUGAAUAACCAGAAUGAUUUGCAUUAGAAAAAAGAGUGGCAUAUGGGAAAGAACAAUACUGCAGAUUAUGGACUGGUCUUUCAUGCAUUGGAGGGUUCCUUUAUUCUGCAUAGAGGUCUAAAUGACUGGGUGAAAUGCUCAUGUAAACAAAAAAAAAAGUACUACAAAUACAUUGUUCAGAAGUGACCUUAGUAUUACUUCACUAUUCUAAAAACCUUGAAAACAUGACUUCAGUAUACAUGCACACUGAUAUACAUACCUUUUACAUUUGACAGACACUGGAAUUGUUGUAAUUACUAUGCGCAAUCUAAAUUGGCUUUGUAGAUUGUAUAAAAAGAGCCAGUUAUAGUUUGUGUUGGUAAAGUGGUAAGUUGUAUGCAAGAAAACCAGGAUUGAAGAAUAAUGUUUGACUAAAGUUAGGCUAUUAAGCAGAGAUCCACCUGCCAGUUCCUGUCUUUGCUUUUGUUUUCUUUAUGUAUUCUGCUCUCAUAAAUACAUCCCAAAAGCCAGCACCAAGUGUAUCACUUGGACUAUAUCUUCACUAUAUUGACUUAAAAUAUUGCAUAAGCCAGGUGGUUGUUUCCUACCAACAGAUGCAAAAUGAUUACUAGAAAUUAGUCUGAAGCUACAAAUUCAACAGGGUACUUCUUUCAUAGCACAAGAUGUUUCCCUACGUUUUGCGUCCUAGCACAAAGAUUGACCAGAUUGGACCCCAGCAAUAACUUUCUAUUAGUCUUCUUCAUACUGGCUGAAGUUUUGAUAGUAUUAGGUUGAGUUUGAAGCUCUUGAAUUAAGUCUUUAAAUAAUGAGAGUUUACAUGGUUCUAUCAGGCAUUCUUAUUUAUACUUGACUGAAUUGAUGUGUUUUUUUGGGGUGGGGAGGGAUUUGUAAUUCUAAUUUGAUGUAAUAGCCAUAUGGAAAGUAACUCUAUUAAUAGUUGCUAGAUUUUAGCCUUUUGUUGCUGUAGAUAAGUGCAGAUCUUCAGUUUAAAUGUUGGGAAAUGCUAUACAACAUAACACACUAGUUGUAACAAAUGAUGACGUAUUGAUAAAAAGCAGGUAGCUUGGAAAAUAUGAUUAAAAUGCAUGUAAAAUAUCACCCUCAAAGAUGCUGGAGGAGGAUAUGUUGGAGGAAGGGAAGAAAAAAGAAAUAAACUUUAAUAGUAAUAAGAGAGUUAAAAGGCUUUUUAAACUUCAGGUAGAAAUAAGACUGGUAAAGAGCCCCCUAUUAUGCCAUUGUAGCAUGUGGCAAUAUUUUUAUUAAAAUUUUAUUAACGUUUUCUAAAUUAUUUUAACAAAACAGAAAAACUGUCAACAUUUAAAACUGUUGGGUCACAGUGAGGUGGCUGUUGAAGUUUUGGACCACUUUAUAAAUUAUAAUUAGCUGAAAUCCAAAUAUUGUAUGGUGCAGGCCAUUCACCUUGACAAUGGUACUAACUUAUUUCUCUAGAACCCAGUAGAAUAGAUAUAUUUUUGCCAGAGCACCCCAUCAUUCUUCAAUUUAAAUUUCAGUAUUGUUCCUUAAGAUAUUUCUGUAUAUUAAUGGUACCUUUUUUAAAAGAAAAAAAAUUACUUUUUUCUAUGUGAAUCAAUAUCUUACUUGAUCUGCUUUUCCUUAGAGAGGGGUUGGGGCUGGGUCAAUUUCCUGGAUAUGACUGUUUUCAGAUACUUAUAAACCUUUUUGUAGAUAUGCUUAAUUUUUAAGCAGUUAGGCACUGAGAGUAGCAGAAAUCCUGCAAAGCUUUAUAGUUCAUUAGGCAUUUGCCUUUGUUGGUUCUCGGAGUGAUGUCUUGAUUUCAGUAGCAAGAAUUUUCCCUGAAUCUACUGGAAAGGGUAGCAGUAUUUUCAGGUAACAAAAUUUGUUAGCACAAGAAAAUUUCAGACCAACAUUUUACUGUAUUGGGUUUGUUUUUGUUUUUUAAUUUUUAUUAUUUUCAAUUGCUUUCAUUCUGGAAAAUUGGAUUGCUGUGGUAUGUACUUCAGCAAAUACUUUCACCCAUUAACAUAUGUCCACAAAUGCUUCUAGAGAAGAAAUUGUUGCACCUUAUGUAUAUCUCGAGCAAACCAAAAUAUGAUACUUUUCUGCUUUGUUUAUUCUAAUUAUGUUGUAUCAUUCAUUACUGAACUCAUUCUCACUUAGCUAAACCUGUAGAUAUUUUUGCAUUUAAACUUAAUUUCUGGAUCUGAACCUAUGUAUAAAUCUUUCUUUUAAAAAACAAAAAGCAAUUAUCCCAGUCCUCUCUGAAUUCUUGAUGGGAGUGAGGAAUCUUGUCUCAAGUGUAAAAUGCAGUACUGUUCCAGUUUUCUUUUGCUUUUAUUUAUUUGGUGAUCUUUGAUAUUUUAUGUGUAGUUUUGAGGUAUACAAAUUGUAUUAUAGUAGCUAAAGCUACAGACAUAAGCAGCUGGGAGAAAAAUACUGUAAUGUUUUUUUAAUUGUUUCAGUACUGUAAAUGAAUACGGGAAGAAUGUUCUGCAGAGCAUUUGAGAUGCAGGUUCUGAUCCCCACGUUGUCUUAUAGUCCAGAUUAGACCAAUAUUGAUCAAAAACGGUAUGGAGAUUAAAUCAUGCUGUUGUAAUUAUGGCAGUAUUUAUCCCUUGAAUGUGCUGUAAUUCCAGACAUCGAAUAUAUUUAUUUAAGAUGCUUGAAUGCUCUUUUAUACUAAUUCAGUGUCCCAAAGUCAUGAGCAAAGGAUUUUUUGUUAGUUUCAAUUCCCAGUUUAUAGUGUCAGUGCAUGAGUUUUGAAAUAGAAAAUAAACAUUGGGUGCAGGGACAAGGGAUUGACAGAACCAUAUGAGCUGGUAUUUAAAUUUCAACUCUUUUUUGUCAUUUUACCCCCUUAUUUAAUUGAGUGACACUCUGUCUAUGUAGCAUGAAACUGGUAGGCACUGUGCAGUCUUUGGCUCUAUGUAUUGCCACUUUGCAUCCAUGUCAAAACCCAAGAGAGUUGUAACUUGCCCCAGAAUAAGGACAUACAUUAAUCUGGAUGACAUCUUUAAUGAUAAAGGGGACAUCUUUUAGUAUGAGGCAUUAAUGUGAACCAGUUCUAAACUGUGCUGCCUAUUUAGCUACUGGACAAAUACUGGACUAUGCUCUAAAGCCAUAAACUUGAGACAGUUAAGAGGGUGUCAAAGAAAAGAAGGCCUCUUCUCGGCAUGGUGAAGUUAUGGCAACAAAGGAGAGGUAAAAGGCUUUACAUUCUGUAAAAGAAAAAAUAGGAUGAUAAAUAAUUCAUUGGGUUUGCAUGAUGCUAUUGUGAGUGUUGGCGGCACCUCUCCAGAUGAAUGCUAAUUUUAAUAGGGCUUCCUCUACUAAAAGGCUACUUUGGUGGACUUCCAUUUGCUUUCCGUUUUCAUUUUCAAUGGAAUGUAAUCUGUUCAGCCAUCAACGCCAUUUUUAUAUCAUGGUAUGUUUUAAUUUCCAAGCACAAUAUUUAUACAGAGGGAACAGUGUAACACAAAAUAUACAGUGAAAGCUGUACUGUUUAUAUUGCUGUUAUGCUUUUGACUUGUGUCAUAGUCAUAUAGAUUGUCAGACAUUGUCAUUUAGCUCUUAUUGGUUCAAUAAGAUGGUUUUUGUGACAACAGAAAAUGUAGAGCUCAUCAGGUGAUUAACUUCAGAUAUUCCCAAAGGAAAUGCAGUAAUCCAAAAGCUGCUUUUAAUAGUGAGUGGGUUACCUUCACUAUAUCACGAUUUCACCUGAAAACAUAAUUGUGCAACUCAUAUGUCAUAAACCAUGUUUUAUCCAUUAGACAAUCUUUCCUGUGCUUGUUAGAUUGUAGAGUUUCUAGAUAUCUUUGUCACAUUUUGUAAUAUUUCCAGCAUUGAUUCUCUUUACCUUGUACAUGUAUGAAAGAGUCAGCUACAACUGUCAGAACAUGAAGUCAUUUCAGGUCAUACAGAGCUGUAAAUUAAUGCAUUUAGGCUGUGGCAGAGAAGUUUGCCUCUUCCCCUCAAUUCCCCAAUAAAAAGUCACAGUGAGGUUUACACUUCUCAAUUAAAUACCAAGUUAGUCUUGCAAAUUUUCUAAUAAUUAAAUUUACAUCUUUGAAGAAGAUUGUAGAGAGGACACACUGUACUUAAACUUGUCUGCUGCUCAUUAAGGCAGCGAUCCAGAGAGAGCCAAUUUUAUCCCCUAAUUCUGCAAAGUAUGUAAACUCAAACUUACUAAACUCUUCAGCACAUGCUUAAAUGUUAAGCAUGUGUUUGUGUGCUGACAUGACUGUGGAUGUUUCCGUGAAUUGGGGCCUUAAUUCACAUUGGACUUUAAACAAAUACUAACAUUUUAACAGUCAUUAAGAUUUUCCAGAGAAUUAUUUUCUAAUUACUGGAUUCUGAUUGUGUUAUCAAGUACCAGGUAGAAACUCUCCAUAUGCUUCAGUGGAAAAAAGAUGUGUUACCUCACAAUCUGUAAUAGAAAUUACUUGCCUAAACAUGCCUCCUAAAAUAACACUCUAAUCCUACCCUUUUUACUCACAGAAGUAAAACA